AUCCGGACUCAGUUACGCGGCGGCCGGCCACCCGUGCGAGAGCGUAUCGCUUUCUUGCAAAACGUGUCCGUGCUGUUUUCUUUCUUCACUCUCUCUUUCUUAUCUCCGAGCCUUAUUAUUCUCUUUGCUCUAUCUUUCUCAGCUCUCUUCUUCCAGUAACGCACGUUCGUCGUAUGUAAAAAGGAGAAAAGGAAAAUAUAGAGUCCGGUGUCAGCGUUCUCGUUUCACCGUACUCCUCCUGUGCAAGUCGAUCGGUAAACGUGAAACGCGUAUCAAGUGAGAAUUAAAAAAAAGCGGGGGAUUACACACGCAAAGCCAGGAAGAAAAGGUGUUGCAGCCAAGGACGUUUGUGUUUGAGUUUCGCGUGACCAACUUGAAGAGAGGGAGAGGCGCAACUGGCACGUUCGAACGCGCGUGGUUUCCGCGUGCGGGACUCUUGCGGUGUGUCUCGUGCUACGUUCCCGGCAGCUUCCCGCUGAAAUCGUCAUCUUUAAACCGCAAAGACGAAACCGCGGGAAACAGUCUGACUUCGUAAUCGAACAGGUGGACAUUGUGCAGCGAUCGAUGCUGAAGUAUUCGACGAUAUAUCUGGAGAACAUCGCGACGGUAACAGUGCAAACGAUGUCGCCCGUUGUGACGGAGGAACGAUAAUCUGGACGAUCGUGAAGGACAUAAUACGGAAUUCUGCAUGCGAGUACCCUGGACAGAAGUGUUCGGGCCGUUCGGUGGAGCGCUCACCUCCGAUAACGUAGUCCGGAAGGAUCCGUCUAGCCCGACGACCACGCAGACAGGGCAACUCCAUUCGCCGAACGGCGACAGCGACAACAGCAACGGUAGCCAGCGUGCUGUGGCUAUUACACGGAACGACGUAGAUCAGCAACCGCACCGCCAACGGCAGCAACGUCAGGCACCAGCUACCGUUCCAGUUCUCGCCUGUACGAAUCACUCGUCACCAACCACGACCACCACCGCGUUCAUAGGCACAAGCAUGCUUAUUCUCCAGGCACAGAACCCUUACGGUGACGCUCUGCCGGACUUCUACGACGUCUCUUAUCCGGAUACCACGGAUACGGGAAGUUUGCCAGGCGAACUUGGUCCAUUUCCGGAACUACAGCUGGGCAAUCACCAAGGAGUGCCGACGGCCGACGAUUCGGCUCAGGCACAGCAUCAUCCGCAAGCUCCACCUCCACCUACGUCGGCUCCGUCUCUUCCCGAAGACGUCCAAGCCGAUUCGCAUAGCGCGACACCCUUGCCGAGCUUCCAAGAGACCUACACCCAACGGUACACCAGGCAAGAGCUACAGCUCAAAAUGGACGACAAGGGAGAAUGUUACGACAACUUGGUAUAUUCCUGUCCCGCUGACCAUUAUUCCACCGAGUUCUCGCCCACGUUGUCCUACCACAAUCAUCAACAACCACCUCAGCAACAGCAUCAUCAUCCCCACCAGCAGCAGCAAGCACCGCCUCCUCAACAGCAACAUCAUCCUCAUCAUUACUUCGCCACGGAGACAGCGCCAACACCGACCACCGCCUGUCCUUCCCCGUCGAAUCAUCGACAAGAUUCACCGUACGGUGGAUCCGGAAGCGUGCCCAUCGUGUACGGUCAACCACCGACCAUCACCGGGGGUGCCAUCCCUGUCGCGCCGACGGAUAUUUGUUCGAGUGUCGACACCGUGGUCGUGGGUACUCCUCAACCACGAAGGCCGUCCUUACCCACGCAGAGAUCAGAGUCUGCGAGUAGUGGCAGUACGGAAUCGCCGAAAGCACGUGGGGGCAGCGGCAGUACCGGAAGCUCCGUCAAUUCUCCUUCGCCCGGAAGCGGGGUCAGCAACGAACGGGCACCACCAAGUCCCAGCCAACUGUGCGCCGUCUGUGGGGACACAGCAGCGUGUCAACACUACGGUGUACGUACCUGCGAAGGUUGCAAGGGCUUCUUCAAGAGGACUGUGCAGAAGGGUUCGAAGUACGUUUGCCUUGCCGAGAAAGCUUGCCCCGUUGAUAAGCGUCGACGGAACCGUUGCCAAUUUUGUCGCUUCCAGAAGUGCCUGAUGGUCGGUAUGGUGAAAGAGGUUGUCAGGACGGAUUCGUUGAAAGGGCGAAGGGGUAGAUUACCCUCGAAACAAAAAUCACCGCAGGAAUCACCUCCCAGCCCGCCGGUUUCUUUGAUCACAGCUUUGGUACGUGCACAUUUAGACACGACGCCUGAUCAAGUGAAUUUGGAUUAUACGCAAUACCGACAACCGAGGCCCGGUGAUCCACCCAUCACGGAAGCGGAAAAGACCCAACAGUUCUACAAUCUUCUCACCGCCUCCAUCGACGUGAUUCGGAAUUUCGCCGAUAAGAUUCCUGGUUUCACGGAUCUGGUGCGAGAGGAUCAGGACUUACUUUUCCAAUUAGCCAGUCUGGAAUUGUUCGUUCUACGACUGGCGUACCGCACAAAACCAGAGGACACGAAGCUGACGUUCUGCAACGGUGUCGUCCUGGCACUGGAACAAUGCGAGCGUAGUUUCGGCGAUUGGCUUCACAGCAUCCUCGAGUUCUGCAAGGCUCUUCACGCCCUCGACGUAGACAUUAGCGCUUUCGCCUGUCUCUGUGCCCUCACGCUCGUUACCGCAAGGUACGGCCUGAAGGAACCUCAUCGCAUGGAGCAGCUGCAGAUGAAAAUUAUCUCCUCCCUACGCGAUCACGUCACCUACAAUGCCGAGGCACAGAGAAAAGCUCAUUACCUGUCCCGUCUGUUAGCUAAGCUACCGGAACUGAGGAGUCUAUCGGUGCAGGGACUCCAACGUAUCUUUUACCUGAAACUGGAGGACCUGGUGCCAGCACCGCCGUUGAUCGAGAAGCUGUUCGUCGGUAGUCUACCGUUUUAAAAUGUCACCUUCGAACAGCCAAAGCCUAAGGCUGGUUUCGCGUAGGACAAUUCAUCAUCGUCACCGUUGAGAUUAAGUUUACAUUUUAGUUCUAUAUGUAUAUACGUAUACGUAGCCUCUCGCUAUCUUCUUGCGUAUAUUCUCUGCAUGGUUUUCACGAGUGAAUCACGUGAGUUAGACUCAAGAUAAAAUGGACAAAAGACGAGAGAUCCUCUCUCGGAUGCUGACGAGUUUCGAAUGGGUGUGAGUGUGACCGAACGUUGUGCGGAAUAUUAAAUUUAAGACAAAGGUUCCCUGUGCGUGUAUGUAAAUACAUGAUCCGAGAGAAGCGUGGAUGCUCGGGCGCGUGAUUCGACGAUGUGUCCGAAGGCGGACGUGUCUGCCCGACGCGACAACUGUUACUAUUGUUACUACUAUUAUUACUGCUAUUACUAUUUUAACACUGUAACGAUUAUUCUUGCUAUCGAAAGUACAGAGGAUGAAUCAGGAUUUCUUGACGGAUCGUCGAUGACGAGGGUGAAACAUCGACGAAACGAACGAUACAUUCUAUACAUUUUUGCUAUCGUUUUAGAAGGCGUAGAAGAAAGUUACCUAUUUUUCGCAAACGUGCACAAACGAGUAUCACACACGAACACACGCGUCUAUACGUACACGUACAUACACACACGAGAGAAUUUUUAUCACUUUUCUACCUACUUUGUACAAAUCAUCGCGUCGACGAACAAUACGUUUAUUUCGUCGCUGGUGCUACGCGUAGCCGACGAUCCGCCAAGCAACAGAGUUCUCUGUUUACUGUGGACGAAUGUACUUAUCCGUUGGAGAGAAGGAAGAGACGCAUUGACGGUUUACAACAUAUCAGAGCAACGACGGAAGAGCGGAUGCGAACACCGCAGAUUAACGUUGCUGAUUUAUUCCCUCCCUCCCCCUUCGUGAAUUUCGCUCUUCCGUGUUGACAGUUUAAAAAAUAAAAAAAAAAGAAGUAGCUCGUGAUUGUGAUCGCACUCGACGUCCACGACGAUGCUAAAUAAUCUCCCUAUUUCCCAAAAAUCCUUCGUUCCCUAUGCUAGAAACUUUUAAUCGGUGCUGUGCUCUUCUCCAUUGUCGAUCUAAGGAAUUUAGCGUCGUCGUAUAACUUCGGGUGUCUUCAGCGUCACACGCGGUCGGGACCGUUCCCGUCCAACAAAUCAACCGCUAUCUUUGCGUUAAUGUGAUUUUAGACAGCUAAGGGAGACAAGAUUGAAGUAGGACCCCGAAGUCAGCCAAAUCGGACAGGCGUGUCAUCGCGAUACCUUUAUUCGGAUAAUACAGAGGCUUUGCGACGGGUCCGGCAUAAAGUUACCUAUUACGUUAUGACAUUUAUUUUUAAUCAAACUAACGUAGAAAGUCCCUAUUUAUACGUAUACCGCGCCGCUAUUACUACUACUACUUAUACUACUAUUACUUGCUACUUACUAUUACUUAUUACUUACUUACCGCUAGCGUUUACGAUUCAAUGGCGUACCGUUCGCCUAUCAUUACCAUUACUGUUACCAUCCGCUACCUUCGUACCACCAUCGACACCACCUUGCGUUACCAUUAUUCGCUAAACGUUUAAGGAACACCGUCAACGUUAAGCGCUCUUCGCCGCUUUACAGUAUCUCUGGGACGUCAUCUUGGAAUCCGAUCGACCCAAGGGCAAUCGCGUCCAUAUUGGUCGGGGAACGAAUCGAUGGAAGAUGGUCGUCGAUGUAACCAAUCGUUCGAUCUCCACCAGGGUCAUCCUUUCGGUAGGAAAUAUCUGUCCUCUGUUCUGUAUGUUACUUGUCGACGUAAAAAAAGAAAAAGUACACAGCCCAGUAAACCGAUCCAACCGAUACAACUUUUAAUAUAUUCAAUAGUAUCACAGAGCAUUGUCUUUUAGUGCACUUAAUCGAUCAACAGGCAUUUCGCGCGGGAAAAUUACCUUACCUACACCGCGUGGAAUGCUGAGACAGAAACACGUUAAAAUACAUGUAUAUGUGCACAAUAGGUAUAAAAAAUUAAUUACGUGUGUAUACGUUACUCUCUAAUCCGCCGUGUGUAUCCGCAAAUGUUUAACAUUUUGCAAAGAAAUUUUUCCUUCCAUUUCGAUCUCUAUGCAAUCACGGUUCCUUUGGAAAAUCGAACUUAUUUAAAUUUCUUUUUUAAUUUUGUAUGGUUUUAAAUUUCGUUUUAUCGAUCGAAGAUUAGUUUGUUAAAAUAGCGAACGAUUGUUGUAAACGAGCUUUGCGGAUGGAUACGAAACAGAAUAAAAUGCCCGGCAAGAAGCAAGGUACAAACGUACGCGAAAAGAAGAUGCGAUUGAAAAAGUAUCUGCCUUUCGAUAGAGAAAAUAGAACAUCGCGAAGAAAGCGAUUGAUUAAAAAUUUGUAAUGUACUCGAUGAUCGAUCCGAAAAUAAUGAAUCUCUAAUUAACGAUAAUGGUUUCUCGAGCUCGUAUAAAUAAUUUUAUCGUGAUUCAGGGGAUCGGUCGCUUUCUCCGCGUGUCAGGAGCGGAUCGAGUCCAGAAGAGAUUUAGAGGCUGAAGGAAUUCGUCAAAUUAAACGGUGCUAUUAGGCUAAUUGCGAUGAACGAGCGCUCAAUGAAUUCGAGAGUUCUUAAGUUUUUACCUCGCCGAGGGACAGAGGGGAAUGGAUUAUUUUUGUUCCUAUUAAUUAAGAAAAUUAAAGGAAGUCUCGCGAUCGUUUCUAAUCCCUUAGUGAAAGUGAAAACAAUUCGGCUCGUGAUCGACGUGUACACUUCUGUUUCGAUAUUUAUCGGAUCUUUCCUGGACUCAACGCUGUAUUACUUUUUAUUAUGUCAAAUUCAACAGGGAAACAAUGAAGAGAGGAGGUCAGAGCGAGAUGGGUAAGAAAACUUGGAAAGUAUAUCUCGGAUCGUUCGAACGUAGAAAUAUCUCGAUGGAGAACGAGAUCGUUCGAGUAUUGUUGUUACCAAUUAAUUGUCGUAAAUCGCUGUAAAACGAACGGCCAAUUCCGUUAGGUGUACUAUCCUCUUUCCCUCGAUGUAAUAAUAAAUGUUCAAUCAACGGCUGAUUUCAUUAUCUUUUUUUUAUCGUUUUUCGUAACCUGGCGUGUUCGAUGUUCCACCGGAACCGUGGUGUCGCUCGAUAAUCGAAACUCGUUCCCUUUCCGUCCAACGAUCGAGCGAAAUUUGUUGAUUUUUCUUCACGAUCGACAUUUUAUAAAAAAAAAAAGAAAUAAAGAAUCAUAAGAAAAAAAAAUUAUCUCUACUAUUUAAGAAGAAAAUAAAAAAUAUAUUCUCGUUUUCGUACGGACAUUUCUACAGCGAUCGAUCCGUACUUCACCGUAGGAAUAUCUGCGGAUACAGUCACAGACAGGGGCGUACUGGGACUUAAAUUUUUACCGGGAGAAUUAGUGACAUGAUCCAGGGCCAAAAUCCUUACCGGAUCCCCGGGAAAUCUCGAAACCUCCAGGCCAGUUCGCCCCUGGCCACAGAUACUAGCUGCACCAUUACAAAGUACACACCGGAAGUGGUGGACGUUGCAUCGAAAGUAAAUUCAUAAAUUUAUGUACAUUAAUGUUAUUGGGAAGAUCUCGUGAGAAAUAUACUCCAAUCCUCUUUUGAAAUAUAUAUAUAUAUAUAUUAUAUGAAUCGCAAUAAGAAAGAAAGGAAGAGAAGAAUAAAAUAAUGUCGAUCGAUUGCCAAUACGUAUUGACGGCCGUACAAUUGAAAAGGAGGUGCGAAUUGUUGAAAUCGAUCGAUGGUUCGCCGAUGAUCUCUAUCGGGUCAAUUUGUGUUCUCCUUGCAAUUUUGUUCACAAAGACAAUAAAAGGGAAUUGCAAGGGAAGUUUCCCCAUCACCGGCCUUUUCACCCCUACGACCGUCGAUAUCUAGCAUCGUUACAACACUGUUAUUAACAAUUUGUAAAGAUACUCUAUUUAAGGUGUUUUACACGCGCGCACAUUCACGAAACCUUCUUUCCGUGGCCUGAUUCGUUGUAAUUCUGUGCCGAGCCACACACAGUUCCCUCUCGCUUGAUUAAUAUAUGAUACGAAAAUAAAAUAAUAUAUUGUUAUUAUAUAUACAUACUUAUAAAUAUAUAAAUAUGAUUAAUAUAAAUGAAGAAAUAAAUAUAUAUAUAUAUAUAUUAUACUUUCGAUAUGCGAACGAGAAAGCAAUUCAAAGGAAUGACGUAAUAAAAUAAAAUAUUUAAAAAAAAAAAGAUACGAACACAUUGUGACCAUUAUAUUUUAUAAAUAAAAAAAAAUUGACAUGUGAUAUAGAUGGUAAGGCACGCGGACGAUGCGAUGCGAUGCAUUACGAAAGCAAAUGUAUUCUGUAUAUCGUUUCAUUAAAUCUAUUAAAAUAAC